UGGUGUACCGCGGGAAACCCUCGCAAGGAUGUCGCGAAUGUCGUCUACGGCACAANAAGGGUUCAUCUCGUCCUCAUCUCACAAAAGACCUCGGUCGCUGACCAGAGCAGUGCGAUCUUCGUCCUGGAGGAUGUAGUCGAUAAUGCGCAUCGUGUUUGUCCUGGCUAUCCUGCACAACAUGAGUUGAGGAUCUGCGAUCAGAGUUCCGAGAUCAUACUUAAAACACGUGCCUGCCGUGAAACUGCUCAACAAUCUGUCGUCAAAGCUCCAUCGCCUUCUUUGCUGUCAUGCAUAUCGCCUGCAUUGUUCGCAUCAUCUCAGUCAGUCGACUUGUACGGAUCGGUCGGUAAUCACAUCUUAUCCUCUGCCGGCAACGAAGACCAGUGUCUGGCUUUCUUCUUCCAUAACUACGUUGUUAACAAUGCCAAGUAUCACUCUUGUCUUUCUGAAAUCGGCAACGAGCAUCUUUUCGCAAGUGUCAAGGCUCUCAGCACUGCUGGUCUUUCCAAGUAUCAUUCGAAUACACAGUUGUUGCACUCUGCACGACAUCGAUACGUGCAAGCACUGAGUCUUGUCAAUGCUGCCUUGAGAGACACCAAAACAGCGAUCCAAGACGAAACUCUGCUUGCGAUACUUGUGCUGACGAGUUAUGAGACCUUGACUGGUGGUGUGCAUCGCAGUCUCGAGGCGUGGGUGCAACACAUCAAUGGUGCUUCUACUCUGCUUCGUCUUCGCGGUCAUGACGGUGUCAAGCACGCGGAUGGCCGACUACUUACCAUGCAUGUCAUUGCUUUCAUCAAUGUUACCUGCUUGCUCAAAGAUCUGCCCACACCACCGUACAUCCACGAGUUGCAGCCUCGGAUACACAAAUUUCUGUACGAGCAUGACAGUCCAGCGGCCCGAUACCAACAAGUCAGUCUCCGAUUCGCGGACUUUAACCAUGCCUUCCAUCAUCAUAUGUUCAGCACACCUCAAGAGAUCAUGGCUUGUGCUACUGAACUAGAAAUGGAGAUGGUUGCUUCACUUGUCGAUCUGCCAAUGUACUGGAGAACUGAGAUCGCUGCGCCUGCCACUGUCUUGGACAAAAAGCGUGUUGAGUGUGGCGCUCUGAACUUCGAGAUCCAGUACGCAGAUCCAGGUUCGAGCUAUAUCUGGGCUUCCUUUUUCUCGUCGAGGAUUCUGCUUCAGGAGAUGUUACUCAAGGCAGCGCAUCACAUAGACACAAACGAUAGAGCCCCAUCGCUGUACGCAGAGAUCAAGGAUCGCUGUCACAGCAUAAUAUCUGAGAAUCAACUGCUCAUUCUGGCCAGUAUACCGCCAUUCUUACGAUCACAAGUACUUGGGGGCGACUUAUCUGCCAGACAGGGGACGGACAAAGCUACACAAGUCGAUAACAAAACUUGCACUCAUCAAUGGACGCAUGCGUCGCUGGCAAAUCGCCAUCUUGUUCCCGAAGUGUUUGCAAGCAGACUGCCCGUCAUGCGCACCCUAGGCGGUUAUGGAGUCUUGUGGCCAUUGUUUGUGGCUGGUUCUUGCUCGACAACCACGCCCGAGAUUCUGGAAUAUGUCAAGGGUAUGUAUCAAGUGUUUGGCGAGACUAUGAAGAUUGAGCAGGCAUUUGUAUUGAGAGACAUGCUAUGCUUGGCCUUGCCUAUGGUA